AUGAGCCGAAAGCGGGUGCGGAAAGAUACUAACGUUAAUUCCCCUGACAAUAUCACCGGUGAUGAUUCAACAUCAUCGAAAAACGAAAAAGGGGACCUGAGAGAUGAAACCAUUGCGAUUCUGAAAACUGAUAAACAGUUCCUCCAAGAAGAGUUGGUAAAGAAAGAUAGCUUUAUCAGGGAACUGAUAAAGAAAAACGAAGAAAAGAAACCAGGCCUAAAAGCAUCAAAGAAAUCUCCACGGAUUGCCAUUUCUAGUUCAGAGGAGGUCAUUGAUUCUGAUGAGUCUUCAAGCCUUUCAGACUCCUCCCUUGAAGAGGUCAAGGUGAAGAAGAGAAAACACAAGCACAAAAAAAUAGCACUACCUCUAGCUGAUGCUAUUGGACACAACCGUGUACGCAUGAGGAACACCAGAGGCAUCAUUCGCAGAUACCUUGACACUCUAGAAGCCUUCAAGAAGGUGAAAUCCAUGAAAGCUGCAUUUGAUGCUAUUGGAGUGGACAGAAACACAAUUGCAAGAACUGCAAUUAUUGCAGAGCUGCAUCUGGCUGCACCUGAUGUUUUGAAGACCAUGGGCCAGUGGAACGACAAAACAGAGACACUGAGCAGAUUUAUUGGUAAAUGUCAUUCUGCACUGACCACUGAAAUUAAAGAAAAAAUUACUCAAAUGAAAGCAGAUGGAGAUCUGUUGCCUAUUGCUUGAUUUAUUUGUAAACUUAAACUGUCCUGUUGUGUAGAAAUGGACAGGUUUUGAAACUUCCUUUAGGAGAUGUGAACAGGGCUGCCUGGGUUAUGUCAUUAGAGUGGCCUGUUCAUUUGUUU